UUCCGGAUCCGGAAAUAGGAUAAGACAUUCUAUAUUAUGAAUAGGGAUAAUUACCACCAUAAAAUUAAGCUUGUAGACAUUAUUUAAGUUUUAGAAAUUUGAUUUACUUUUGAUUAUUAUUAUAUACAUCUUUUUAAACUUUUUUAUGCACAUACUUCAGCACUGGAGGGUUUUCGCCACAGAAAGUUGGAAAACUUAUAACCUGUUUAUAACUCACAUGGAAUAGAUUGUUCCAAACAAUAUGUCUGCCCCCAUAGAAAAGGUGUGUGUUCCAGGUCAGAGAAUAUGCAGAUAUGAUGAGAAUGUGGUGUCUGGUAAUGGCACAUACACAAGAUCAGGGUUUGUGCAUGCCAGUCUGGCUGGGUACUUAACUACAAGAUCUGAUAAUGAUCAGGUUAUUGUGGAAGUGAAAACAGACACUGAACUAAACAUUGUGCCAACAGUGGAUGCCGUAGUCACAACAAGGGUCACAAAUGUAAAUCCAAGAUUUUGCAAAUGUUCCAUCUUAAGCGUAGGAUGUAUCACACUUAAAGAACCCUUUAGGGGCCUUAUCAGAAAAGAAGAUGUAAGAGCUACAGAAAAAGACAAAGUAGAAAUGUACAAGUGUUUCCGGCCAGGUGAUAUAGUGGUGGCACGAGUCAUGUCUUUAGGAGAUGCCCAUUCAUAUGUGUUGUCUACAGCAGAGAAUGAACUUGGUGUUGUCAUGGCAACAAGUGAGGCUGGCUCAGGUGCAAACAUGACCCCAGUGAGCUGGUGCAAGAUGAGGUGUCCCAAGACGUUAGCAGAAGAAUAUCGCAAAGUGGCAAAAGUGCAAACAAAUUACAUAGAUUAUUCUGAUACAUGAAUUUUAUAAUAAAUGAUUUUGUAAUGAAA